AUGGAUUGGUAUCCGUUCACAGCAGAGGAAAAGGCACAAUUAGUACGAUCAUGGAAGGCUAUCGAAUCACAGAAACAAGCAAUUGGAUGUGAUAUCUACGAAAUGAUAUUUAAUCAGUGCCCAGAAGCGCGUAAACUAUUUCCAAAAAUGAAGUUCGUGAACUCAAAGCCAGACAAAAAAAGUUGUGAAUUUGCCUUUCAAGGAUUACGAUUUGUACAGGUAAUCGAGGGAGCCGUUAUGUCGUUGGACAAUUUGCCAGCAUUGGAUCCAAUUCUCGACAACCUCGGGAGGCGACAUGGAAAACUUGAAGUGAACGGGAAAUUUCGGACAUAUUACUGGUCUACAUUUUUGGAAUGUUCCAUAUGUAUUUUCCGUAAGACGUUGUCAAGUUGCCGAAAGUUUCCUGACAAAGAGAUUGACAGAACUAUUAUACUUUGGAGAUAUCUACUGAGAGACGUGAUGAAGAAAAUCAAGGUAGCAUUGUGA